AUGGAUCACACUCUGAAGAUGCUUCAUGACGUGAUAGCGAGGUCAAUGCAACAACCUCAGGUGCAACCUCAGCCACUUAUGCCACCACAACCUACAGUGUCUACACCGAUGUUACCAUUACUAACUGCCAUGAAGAAUAUGAAGACACCACAUUUUGAAGGCGGGACAGAUCCAUUUCAAGCCGACCAGUGGCUUCGAACUAUGGAGAAAAACUUUGAGACCCUGACAUGUUCUGAAGAGUCUAAGAAGAAAAUGGCAGUAUAUUACUUAGACAAAGACGCAACAGAAUGGUGGGAGAGUAGGGAUCACCAAGUGGGACAUCUGGUCACCACUUGGGCGGCAUUCAAACAAGAAUUUGAACGCAAGUACUUCACUCCUGAAUCCAAGCGAAGGCUUCAACGCCAGUUUGCAAACUUGGUACAAGGAGAUAAGACGGUUAGAGAAUAUGAAUCUGAAUUUAUGCGACUGCGACGACACCUGCUGCGAGGACAAGUUGAUGAGGAGACCAUGAUAUCCAACUUUCUGUUUGGUCUAAAACCAGAGUUGAAAAAUAGACUGGCAGUCGGGAACUACGAGAGUCUCACCGAGCUAGUGGAAAAAGCUGUAAAUGUGGAGAUUGGAUUGGAAGCUGAGAAGACGUCAACUAGCAAGUAA